AUGCACACACUGAAAGGGGAAGAACGACUGCUGCCGAGGGCUAUCACUUCCAUUCCCCAUGCAGAGUUUUGCAAAGGAGGAGGAAACGGAGGAGGUGAUUUCAGGUCUGUUUCUCUGUGUGUCUCAACAGGCGAGAGGCCCUUCGAAUGCCGUUGGGAAGACUGCAACAAGAAGUUUGCCCGUUCCGAUGAGCUGGCCCGGCAUUUCCGCACCCACACGGGGGAGAAGAAGUUCUCCUGCCCCCUCUGCGAGAAGCGCUUCAUGCGGAGCGACCACCUAACGAAGCACGCCCGUCGCCAUGCCAACUUCCAUCCUAACAUGCUCAAGAGAAGAAGCGGGAGCAGCUCCCGGACAGGGUCUGUGAGCGACUACAGCCGCUCGGAUGGGUCCAGCCCCACGGGCAGUCCCGGAAGCUCCCCCUAGAUCUGCCUGCGCUGGACCCCGCACUUUGCUCUCCACCUUUCGCGUCUACUUGUUGGAGUUCGGUUUGCAUUGUACGCUUUGCUUGGCAUCCAUCUUUUUUUUUUUUUAAGAAAACUUUUUUUUGAAAAAAAAAGAAAACUUUGGCUUUGUUUUUAAGGGGAAAAAGAGAGAGAGGGAGGGAGGGAGAGAGAGAUAGGUUUCUCUCCCUGCAACUCGGCCGCAGAAAAUAUUUGGCACAACGGGACUCACGUUUUACACGGACGGGCCUCUUCUCCAUUCCCCUGCCAGCAACUUAUUCCUGGCCAACUUUUUCUCUCUCUGUGUGUGUUUUUUAUGCCUUAAGAAGAUGCUCCUGUUAGUAGUUUUUCAAGACUUUUUGCUCAGGUGUCGAAGUGAAUUUUGUAGAAAAAAAAAAAUGCAAAACCAGGAAUGUCUAUACAGCCAGGUUGAUUCUAUUUUUCCUCCACCAACCUCUCCUCUUACUCAGGGAUAUCUAUUUAUAUACAAUGAAGACACACCCAUCAGCAGCCUUAUUUGAUAAACCCAUUUGUACUCAAAACUGUGGGUUAAGUCCUUUCAUGCCCAGGGCAAGAAAGUUGGGCUAAACUUUGCACUCAGACGGUUUGAUUUCACAGUCGGGGUAAACACUUGGAGCGACUGGGCCGCCGCGCGUCCGUCUCCUCCACCGUUUCAUUCAACCAGUCCUCUUUUUUCCUCUCUAUAUGUUCUUCGUGUCAUCUCGUGCCGAGAUGAAUCUACCACCACCAGCUUCCUGUUGCAAAAAAAAAAAAAAAA